AUGGGGGAGACCACUGAUGGUGGUUUAUAUGAGAUUUUUCAACAGGACUAUGGGCCCGUUGGUUCUCCCAGCUUUGAAGCUGCUCGGGAGAAUUUCAUCAUUAGCAGUGCUGGCUAUGCAGUUGCUAGUCUGUUGCUGCAACCAAAGGACAGACAUAAUGGGAAUCUUUUGUUUGACAAUCUAGGUAGGCUUGUCCAUAUUGAUUUUGGUUUUAUCCUGGAAACUUCACCUGGUGGAAACAUGCGCUUCGAAAGUGCCCACUUUAAGCUUAGUCAUGAGAUGACUCAAUUACUUGACCCGUCUGGCGUGAUGAAAAGUGACACUUGGUAUCUGUUUGUGAGAUUAUGUGUGAAGGGUUACCUUGCUGCUCGUCGAUAUAUGGAUGGGAUUAUCACUACAGUGUUGCUAAUGAUAGACAGUGGAUUACCUUGCUUCAGCCGGGGUGACCCCAUUGGAAACCUGCGCAAGAGAUUUCACCCGGAGAUGAGCGAGCGUGAGGCAGCCAAUUUCAUGAUCCGCACGUGCACUGAUGCUUAUAACAAGUGGACCACUGCUGGGUACGAUCUGAUACAGUAUUUGCAGCAAGGCAUCGAGAAGUGA